GUAUACGCCGCACGCUUUACCGACUGCUCUUAAUUGAAAUAAAAAACAACCACCCGACCUGACCCCGAGUGACCCCAAAAAGUGCACGAGAGCGGCCGACACGAACGAAACGAAUCCGCGAACAUUCCGCGCAUAACUUAAAUUAAUAAAACUAUUAAUCAUAAACUAACCGCUUUGCAAUAACAAACUCGUAUGUGAGCUUAAUUAACUGUUUUAGCAAAUUAACAUAUAAGGUGAUAAUCCACGGACUGUGGAGUGACACUGGAGGAGUCGAGUCCAGAUUCAAGUUAAAUGUUACCGUCGUGUUAGGUCAGAGGACUGCCGUUCAGUAUGUCUGAGGGAGACGUCUCCCUGAUCCGCGACGAGGACGUGCUGCGACGCAUGUGGCAGCAAACAGAGGACUUUUCGCGAAAGAAGGAAAUCCGUGCGCACAUGUAUAGGCUGCGGGAGGAGCGGCUGCGCAACCUCUACUCGCCGGAACCCGGCGACAACGCCAAAGGUUGUGAGUUUACAACGCAAGGCCACGUCAAAUCGUUUGCCGACCAGAACUUCCAAUCAAUGAAAAGCAAGGAGGUUCGGGAUGCGAGCUCCCCCACCAAGGAGUUCACGUACCGCGGCCAAGAUCUCAAGGACCUUUCCAACGCUGGGUGGAAUGUAGAAUCAGAAAACAAAACGACAGAUGGUGGGCGCACUCAAGUAAAGUCAGUCCACGCUAAUAUAGAAGGUAGAUACGACGUCGAUGGUGGUCAAGGUCAAUUCACAGCGGUGGACUUCAACAAACAAGCUACCACUGAUUACGACGAUGGUAAAACUAGUCUCAAACGUAAUGAGAACGUUUCCAACACUGCAGCUCAUGAGCAAGUCGUGCGCAAGACCAAAGAUGGGGAGCAUUCCUCAUCAACGACUAGUUCAUCGACCUCCACAUCGAAGUUCGAAAAAGUUUCUUCUACCCACGAAGCAGUGCCAUAUCAAACUUAUGAUGACUACGACGAACCUUCACGAAAGUCCUACAACACUAAUCGCAAUGAUGAAGUGACUUCCCAGAAGUAUACAAAACAGAAUACUACUGAAUAUGAUCAAAAUUUAAAGAAUGAUUUUAGUCAAGGGGAAUUAGUUUCCAGGAAAGUAGACUACCCAGAUGAUAAUACUAAAGUUAUAGUGGAAACAAGGUGUCUGCCAGACGGUACAAGGGUAACUAGUACUCGCCGUGAGUUCCGCGCUCCUUCAGUUCAAACUAGUCGCUCAGAACAAUACCAAACUAGGACCGAGAAUAAAUCUUAUGAAACGUCACAAAAACGAUCCCAGGUUAAUGAGACUUCGAAAACUAUUCACGAAUCAAUUGAUGCCAGAAAGAAUAUUGUAGAUUCCCAAAAGAUAAUUGAUGACAAUGAUUUUAAAAAAAACCAAAUCUAUUCUGAAAAUAAAAUUGAUGAGCAUGAAAAAAAUAUCGAAAACCAGCGGAAGGUGGAAUCUCAUACUACUGUUGAUGACUAUGACUACAUAACAAAAAAAGAUAAUUUGUUAAAUAAAAAUGAUGACUAUGAACAAACCAUGGACCAAUAUAAAAAACAGCGUACGCAUGAAGUUAAUGUUAAAGAAACCAACCGUCGAGAAGUGACCACAACGAGUGAUGAGGAAAAAAUUAGACAUCGUUAUAUCGAUGAGUCUCUUUCGCAAAAAGAUACUGACGAACGUGUACAUGAUAAUACUCGUGGAAACAUCGUUGUAGAAAAGACUACGAAUACUGAUCAAUAUCAAUCAACAUACCAGACUGAUUUUACUCAAAGAAAAAUAAGCAAUGACUUAAGCCCUGCUCAUCAGGCAUGGGCUAGUACUCUUCGUUCUGACACUCCAACUAAGCCAUCGACAAGGGCUUCAUCUCCAGGAAGUAAAACUUUUAAGUCAAGCACAUCUUCUUUAAGAAGCAGUGUUAGCCCUGAUAAGACUUACAGGAAACCGUUAAGUCGAGGUGAAAGUCCUGAUAAGUUUUACAGAAAGCCGUCAAGUCGAGGUGAAAGUCCUGACAAGUCUUACAGAACGCCGCUAAGUCGAGGUGACAGUCCUGACAAGUCUUUUAGAAAACCGGUGAGUCGGGGUGAAAGCCCUGAUAAGGUUUACAAAAAACCUUUCAGCCGAGGAGAAAGUCCUGAUAAGACUAUUAAGAAACCAACGAGUCGAGGCGGUAGUCCGAAUAAAUUCGACAGACAUUCUCCAUCUCGAAAUGUUAUUUCUAAUAAAUGUUCCAUUCAAUCUACCUUUGUUACGGAAUCUAAGAUAGACACACAUAGUAGUUCUGAAGAGCGUUCUCAAGAAACUCGUCGACCAAGGCUGAGUCCAAGCUCAGAAAAAACACCGCACCGCUCUAGGCCUAGUUCAAGUCCAGAAAAUAAACCAAACAUCUUCGAUAAUCCAAGGUCUCCUACCAAAAGCAUUGAAAAAACAACAACUCCCCAGAGGUGGAACUCUAGUCCAGUGGAUGGAAGAUCAGUAGAUAUCACCAAAUUACGCUCGACUUCACCUAAACAACGUAGCCCCGAUCGAAUAAAAUCGGAUGUACAGCGAGAAUUGUUUAAAUCAGAUGACUCGGACUACAAAUACCCUAAAUCUGUUUCUCCGACAAGAAGUUUAACUGAGCCUCUGCAAAGGAAUAUUAAGAACUUAUCGCCAACUAGAAAUGUAAGCACAGGGCAAGAAGACACAACUUAUGAAGAACCUGGUUAUAUGAAACCAACUGCUACCAGCAAAUUAAGCGAUGACUUUAAGUUAUCCAGUAGAUUAUCACCUACAAAACAGCUACACUCUAAAACUUCUGAGCAAAAAUCUAAAAGUACUAUUAAUAAGGUCUCAGAUGAACACUAUACAUUUAUUGACGAAGAAACAAAAAUGUAUUCUCGCAGUGACAACGAUCUAGUCCAUACUAUCCAGAAACCGACUAAUGACGAAUUUUCGUCGGAAAAUUUUAACAAUAAACGUGACAUGACGGAAUCACAUCAGUUGGCCCAUCAUGAUUCACCUAGUCCUGAUAUCUAUUCUAAAAAAAGACCCUCUUCUCCAUCAAAAUCAAGUCCAGUAGUUCAAAGAGGUUUAAACGAAGACUUUCUUCGUUCUAAGCAAACACCAAUGAGAAACAUUUCACCCGAAGAGGAAAGUCCCGAUGAUUAUUCACCGGAUAGUUACCCUCAAAAACGACCGUCUUUACCAAGUAAGAAUAGAUAUAGCCCAGUCAAAGAUACUCACCCUACCGUAACAGAAAAUAAAGCCAAGAAACUUCCAGAUUCUCCUGACCGUAAAAGAUCACCAACAAAAGACGGUCUUGAAAAAUCUGAACCUGUAAAUAAAUCUGUUGAUGACAUUCCAACACUUUCAAAAACAAGUCAAUUUUCUGAACGUAUGCAUGCUCCUGAAACAGUGAACACAUGUCACAGUAAAGAACCAUCACCAUCAAAACUUUGUACUUAUGAUCGAAAAAGCAAUACAUAUGAAGAAGAAAUCAAACAUAGUGCAUCUAUUACAGAUAAAUCUACAGAACAGUUAAAAGUUAAAACUCAUUCUGUUACUCUUAAACCUUCUCUGACACCAACAAAUAAAUCUUUAAGAAAUAGUACUUCGCCAGUCAAAUCUUUAAGAACGGAUAGUAAGUACAAGCUCACGUCUGACUUUAUAAGUACCGAAAAAACUAAGGAAGAUAUUAAUAAAACGACGCCAAAGGAACGGCCAAGACAGCUUAUCACUCCAUCUACUAGUCCUACUAGAAAACCUAAAAAUCUUGAUGAGGCUCCUUCAUCUGGACUAAGUUCACCAACUACUUCUGUAAGUGGUUUUGUUUACUACAAAUCACCUGCAGCUGAUAAAACAAUCGUAACAGACUUAGAUGAACAAGAUCUUAAUACUGAAUUUCAGUCUCACGAACAACCAAAUGAUAGCUAUAUUAAAGGCACACCAUCACCAAAGAUGCCUUGCAGAUCGCCAUCUCCAGAAAAGCGUCCUACUAAAGAAACUCUUCCCAGAAAAAGUUCGUUAAAAAAAUCAUCUAUCACCCAAACAUCACCAACUGAAAAACCUCCUUCAAGUUUUAAUAUUUCGCCAAAUAUAGAAACUAAAGAAUUCACAGAACAUAAAGUUCAAAUAAAGGACCAACCCAAAGAAGACAAAGAUAAACCAGUAAAAAUUAAACCACCUUUUGAACGACGUGAAACAUACGAAGAAAGAUGCCGAAAAAUCUUAGGCAUGAUUGAAAAAGACACGACUGAAACCGAAUCCGUGUCAAAGAAAAACAUUACGAGUACUAAAAACUUAGAAACUACGGUCAGUUCACCAAGUGUCUCGCCUUGUAGAAGCCCAUCACCAGGAGAAAGCUUGUUGGUCAUAAAAAAUAAUAAUAAAAUAACUGAAACAACAAACAGGAAUGACUUCUUAUCUCAAGAAACUGAAAAUAUCAAUCAAACUACUAUAAGUUUAAGUAAUAUCACUGAUUCUUCUGUCACUAAUAAGAUUAAAACUUCAUCCAGAGAUUCAUCACCCACAAAACUGCAAGACAUUACUUUACCUUACGAAGAUAAACGCAGUUUCAUAAAGAAUACCAGAACUGACAGUACAAAAUCAUCACCAACACGUGAAAUAAUUAAAAACAAACCUAGUGAACCUAAUAAUCAUAUGCCGCACGUACCUAGAAUAGAUAGUAGCCCUGGUAGUACACCUAAUAUGAAAAAUUUAACACCAAGCUUGAGCACAUAUGAAUCUUCUAAGCAGAAAGACAAACAACUUAUUACUUCUGUUGAUGAUUCUCAGACAACUCCUGUAGAUAUUUGCACUGAAAUCCCCAAAAAUGAACCACAGAGACACCACGAAAGUCCAACACGACAAUCGCCAGAAACAUUUCCGAAGUCAAAUAUUAAAUCUUCAACAUCAGAGAGUUCGCCAAGUCUUUCUAUGAAGCAAACCAACCCUGAUGUUUCCAUUAUAAAAUCUGAUAUGCAAUAUACCACUGAAACUGACCAUAGAGCCCAUGUAAAAGAUGCAAUUGAUGUUAUUGAAGACGAAACAGAUUAUAUACCGAGUGCAACUUCACUUAAACCUUCACGCAAAAUCCCAUCAGAAAAAGCUAGUCCUCUAAAAAAUAUUGAAACAAGGGCUUGUAACACCACAAUUCUUACUAAGAACUCUGAAUAUAAUACUGAUUUCAUUGUUUCUGAGAAAGAAACAGAAGACUUGGAUAGAGCACAAAAAUCACCAAGAAAUCUUUCUCCGAACCGCUCUGAAAAAUCUCGAACCGAUAAGAAGAGUCCACUUAAAUCGACUUCUCUGCUAAAGAAAGAAGUUGUUUCGGAAAAUAUAAAAACCCAGAUAACAAGAGACACUACUACUGAAAAUGAAACUAUAACCUCUACUGAAAAACAAAGUAGUGACAAAGUUAGAGAUCAAAAAAAUGCAAUAAGACCACCAUCGAGAAAUGUGUCACCAACGAAAAAGUCAUCCAAUAUAUCCCCGGCUCAAUCUAGAAGUAUUUCUCCUAAAAAACCCCAAUCACCAACUGAUAGGCCACAAUCUCCACAGGUAACCAAAGUAAGUGGUAUAAAACCAAGAGACAAUGUUCCUUCUCAUAUCCGUAAACCAUCACCGAAUGUGACUUCACCGACAAAAACAGAAAAAUCUACUACAGUUGAUGUAAAGAAGCUUAAUACUACAAUCAAACAAUCUAGUUUUAUUAAAUCAUCAAUAAAUAAAGUUUCCUCGAAUAAAAUUACUCAAGGGUCUGUAAGUAAAGAACAAGAGCCCAAAAAAACAGUUGCACCAAAAGGUACUAAGGACAAUGUAAAAAAGGACGUAGAGAUUAAAGUUACGCGGACAGCCAGUGAAAUUUCAUUAAGAACUAAAAAGACUUCACCUCAAAGAAUAAGAUCUAAACCUGAAAUUCAAGUAAAUGAUAAAGUAACUAAAAAUCCAACUUUGACUACGAAAUAUAACAGAUGUUCACCUAAAGAUUCACAAACAAAAUUACCAACAAACAAACCAAAAUCCGCAACUGCUCUCAAUACAUCCACAGAUGAAGACGACGUUAUAAUUGAUGUUCAGCAAGCCAAAUCAUCCCGUGAAAACUCUCCAGAUCGUAUAUGUCCAACACCCGUUGGUUUUUCAGAAGAUGUCGGUACACCCAGAUUUCCCGACGAAGUGAAUGAACCCGAUGAUGACUUUCAUAGCCGAACUCAUCAAACCAUCCAUGAAACCGAGUCAAUAGUCGAUGAUAUUGUAGAAAUAAAUGAAGAUGAUGAGCUCUUUGUUAAAAAAAUGAGUAUAGAUGAUUUUAAAGACAAAGAUGAAUGUCUUCUUAGUUUAAAUGAUAAAGUAUCUAAAUUUAAUACUAACGUUGAGAAAGGUAAAAAAAAAGAAGAUACCACUCGAUUCAAAGACACAGAACGAAAAAUACAUACAGAUUUUAUUGAUGAAAAUUUAAAAUCAGACCACUGUUUACUUUCCGUCUCUGAAAAAGUAAACAAGUUUGCUAAAGGACCGAUUGAAACAAAAGAAAAAAGUCCUUCUCGUAAUAUCGUAGAGGAAUAUGAUAAACAUACCACCUAUCAAGAUGAUUAUACAAAAUUAAGUGUCAAUGACAAAGCUCACCUGUUCAUUGAAACAGCUGAGAAUGUAAAAAGUACCAAAACAAAACCUGUUCAAAAGAUAGAGCGUCCAGAUUUAAGUAGUGUAGAUGAUGCUUUAAAAAGUGAUGAUUGUUUACUCAGUGUUUCAGAUAAAGUUAAUAAAUUUGUAAAAACUGCAGAACAAUUUUUAAACGAAACACUCGAAAGUGAGGAAAAAGAAAAGAAAAUAAGAGAGCAACAUGAAAAGAUAAUGAAAAAAAUUGUUGAAAAUCAAAAUAAUAAUACUGAAAAUGAAAAUAUCAUUGAAGAUAUUGAAAAUACACUUGAGACAAAAUAUAACUCAAAUUUAAGACAAAAUUCAUUUGCAAAGGAAACCGCUUCGUCGAGUGCAAAAAUUAAGGAUGUGACCAGUUCCACUACUAAACUGUCUGAUAAAACUUCAACUACUAAAAUAACUACAUUACGUAGUAGUGAGGCAGUAAAAAAGGCAAAGGCAUUGUUUGAAAAUAUUGGUUCUGUUACUGCACCUAAAACUAAAGAAGAACCUAAACCUAAGGAAGUACUUAAUAUCAAAACUAAAAAGACGCCUGAUACAAGUUUCACACAGAAGACUCCAAAAACAAUUGCUGUUAAUACUCGGCGACCCUCUAUCGAUAACGAUAUUCCAAAAUGUGAUGACGUGGAACAUACAUUAGUUUCUCAAAAGGUUUCUUUAAAAUACAAUGCUUCAGAAACUCAAGAUGAUAAACCGCGAAGCAGUCCCACUCGUUUCAGACCGCAGUCGCCUGAUAGUAUUAGAUCUAGGUCCCCAUAUAAAGUAAAAGAAACUUCAACUGCUAUAACCACUGCUACUUCUUCGGCUGACCUACCAACUCAAGCAAGACCAAAUCUCGCGAAAUCUGAAAAAGCUCAAGAAAAGAUGCCAGGUUAUCAAAAACCAACCAAAACUAGUCAACUGAAGGAAGAAACUAAAGUUACAGAUGAAAUUGAUGUCAGUAGCAGACGUGGAAGUGGAAAGUUUGGUGUUGAACUUCGCAGAACAAGUAUCGAGAGAACAACUGUUAGUAACGAGCGCCGUCGCAGUAGUGUCGAGCACUAUCAACCCUGCAUAGAGGAUAUCUUUGACUUAGACCUCCUGGAACAAAUGUUGGAAAAAGUCGUGGGAUAUGAGCAGAGGAGACGAAUAAGAGCACAAAUACGUGUGGCACGAAAGAAAACGGAAAGCGAACAUGUUAAUUUAAACACUCUUACGAGAAAUAAACAGACUGCUACUAAAACAACUAAAAUUAGGUCGCCUGAACGACAAAGUCAACAUAAGUCACCUGAGCGCUCUAUCAAGCCAGCACAUCAUCAACACUCACCUGAAAGACAUCCUAAGCAUUUCUCACAAAAGUCUGCAACGGCAGACUUAAGUGCAAAACAGCCUCCACAAAUGCCUUUGACAUCCGAACAUAGUCAUCCGAAAGAAAAUAAGCCAAUGCUAAAUGGGCAUGCCAAAGAAACUACAGUAACUAGUCAUGUCAAGGAUAUCAGGUCACAUAGUCCAAACAAGUUAGCUCCAAAAGCGCCUACUAAAUCUAAAAGUCCACUCAGGCCAUCUAGUCCUGAUAAAAAAACAAGACCUGUUUCACCAACAAAGACUGCAACGCCCAAGCCAAAAUCAAAUCGUUUUAGUGAGUACGCUUCUGCUUAUAUGAAAAAAGUUGGACUUAAUGAAACAGAGCAAAAUAACAUUUCCAAUGUAAAAGUGAAAAAGGCACCGGUAGAUCAGCAGACAUCACAAAGGGUCGAAAGUCGGCAUAUUGAAACUAAAUACUCUAAAACCACAUCUAAGAAUAUAACCGAACGUACAUCUUCAAAAGAUAACAUUGAAACGAUUUAUAUUAACGGAAAGAGAUCACCGUCACCUCAAAGGAGUAUCCUUGAAAGCGAAAGUCCACCCCCUCAAAAAAAAGUUGACUUAGAAGAAAAAAGAUUCAGCCCUGAACGAAAAGCACACAGCCCUGACCGUAAACCACAAACCCCGGUAAGCAAUACUCACGGGCAAGUUCGUAAAGGCGACAGUCCUGAGCGUAAAGCUUAUAGUCCAAGCCGUAAAAUUCAUAGUCCAGACCGCAAAGCACACAGUCCAGAUCGUAAAGUACCAAGCCCUGAUCGUAGCAUUUCAAGUCCCGAUCACAGAACCCACAGCCCUGCUGGAGUACGUAAUCUUGAACGUCAUACACAGAAGAGCCCCGAUCGACUAAAUACCACGUUGGGCCGUCAGAAGUCCGACUCUACUAAAAGCAAAAAGGAAACUACAGUAAAAACUGUGUACGAGAUCGAGAAAAAGAUACCUCCUAAACAGAAACCAGAGGAGAAACCUUCGUGGGUCACGAAUAGAAACUUAAAGAAGAUAACAUCUGAAACUCGAACUUUUAGCGCCAAGAAAGUUGAGCCUGAAAAACCUAAAUAUCGCUCUACAAGUCCAUCUAAAAUUAUUUCAAAACCACUUGAUGUUAUUACAUCCAGCUACGGACCGGGUCCUUUGGACGCAGAUGGCAGACCUUUAUUUGGUAUCAAGGCGCUGAGAAAUGGAGCGUCAAAUUAUCAAGUGAAAGGCACUGUUAUUCGCCAAGAGUUCCACUCGCGCAACGGAAGCGAGCCAGAAGGCACCGUGUCGGUGACAGCAUACUCCACGGAGCCCCAGGAUUUAGAAAAGCUACUCCAGACCCAGGGAGAAAAACCCUCGAGGAUCCUCCAUGGUCUGGCGGCGAUUACUACGACGAAGAAGUUCGGCGGUGAUACUGGUACAACUUUAAGCGCAGUUAAUAACAAAGAAGAACGCGCCGCUCUUGAUCAGUUUACGCACAGCCACCGCCGCAUAACCGAGAGCACGUUCACAAGCGGAUCCAAUCCCGAGGAUAGAAGAGAACUUCUGUACACACAAGAAGAGAAUGCUGUCAAUAUAGACUCUGUCGUCGAAGAUAGAUACGCGGAGAAUAGAACAGAACGCAUUGAAUCAAACAAUCGUAAAAACACUAAUGAUUACGAAAGACGUGUCUUGAAGGACAGGAAAACUGAAACAAAGGAUAAUAAACAGAACAAGAAAUUGCAAGAGAAACCAGAGACGAGGGUCGAGAUGGAGACUGUUGGAAGGAGAGGGAAUGAGAAGACGGAGCGAACGGAGAAACGACUUGACGAACGAAAAACAGUCAGGCAAAGUUCCGUGAAAUCACUUACCGAGAAGUACAUUAAAAGUGCAAGUGAGACGUCGAAGUCUGAACGCGUGACGUACCCCAAGGCCGGCCUGAUCCUGCGCACGUCCACCAUGAAGGACAGCAUCUCAAGCGACUCUUCCACUCAUGCCGGACUCGCGCGCAGCGACAGCGAGCACAGCCUGGCCUCCGCGGACGACGUGGUCACCACCACCACCACAGAGCAGGUGGACGACGGCGUGCGCACCACCUCCACCACCACCAGCACGCGCUCGCACGGCCGCAUGCAGGAGCGCUCCUUCCUGGACAGCUCGAGCAAGGUCACCGGUGUGCAAGACAUUCUUACGAGGAUGAAAAAUGCUGAUAUAGUUAUUGAAGACGGUGACAGCAGCGCCGACACGGAGGCGCGUGCUCUGCUCAACAAGUUCCUGGGCGCCACUGUGCUGAUGGCCGGUAUGCAGAACUAUGUUACUGAGAAGCCCACUGGGAAGGUGGUAAUUAAACAGGAGACAGUGCAGAGCAGCGGUGGUAAGGUCACCAGCGGCCGCCACUUCGAGGAGUUGGACAUCGACCAGUGCUGGGACGAGCGCGUGCUGAGGAAAUUAUUGGACGAGUGCACGGACUACGAGCAACGGCGUCGCCUGCGAGCGCGCCUUCGCACACUCAUGGCUGAACAAGAAGCGUGCGCGAGCGCGGUGACCUCGGCGCUGGCGGCGGCCGGCGAGUGCGCGGACUCGGCGGCGGCGGGCGAGCGCGAGGAAGAGGAAGUGACGACCGUAACAUCGAGCGUGAGGAGGAAUUCGUCCGAGAAGACCGUUAGCAGUAGCACAACCAUCAAAAAUUCAAAAGUAAUUGAGAGCAUGACCAGGCCGGCGCCAAAACCAGUGUCGCCCUUCGCCAAAUUCCGUCAGCUCGAAAAGCAGAACUCUACUAACUCUCCCAACUCGCCCAAGAGCCCGCAGAGCCCGGGCUCUCCGUCGCAGCCUUACUUCAAGUUCACGGACCCCGCGCUGCAAGCCAGCGCCGUCACUAUUAAAGAGCGCUUGCUGCAGUGGUGUCGCGACAAGACCCGGGAUUACGAGAAUGUGAAGCUGGAGAACUUCUCGACGAGCUGGGCGGACGGGCUGGCGUUCUGCGCGUUGCUGCACCACUUCCUGCCGGACGCGUUCGACUACGCGGCGCUGUCGCCCGACAAGCGCCGCCACAACUUCACGCUCGCCUUCAAAGUUGCUGAUGAGAAGGCGGGCAUCUACCCACUGCUGGACGUGGACGACAUGGUGUCGAUGCGUAAGCCGGACUGGAAGUGCGUGUUCACCUACGUGCAGUCGAUCUACCGGCGCUUCAAGGACGAGCGCUGAGCGCUGUGUCCCGCACUGGACGGGGAAAUGCUACUUUUAACUGCCCGUUUACUACCAAACUAACGAAACUGCCACCAAUAAGGUACAUCCUAUAGUCCUUCCCAAUGCAUCGAUGGACCUGCAAGACUGCCAUACGUUCCGACUUUAUCAAAAAGUAUAAGAGCGUCAGUCAUCUGUAACUGAGACUAUCUGACUAGUAAACUAACCUUGUCAAAAUAACGGAAUCUCGGAAUCAGAAAGUCGAAGGUUAAUUUAUAAUAGACUUAAAAGUUGGAAUAUAGUUAUAGCAGAUUUUUGCUAUUGAAAAAAACUAAAGACUUAAGUCAAAAAUGUUUGGUUAGUUUGGUAAUACCGGGUCAGUUCUAUCAACCUACAAAUGAAGAUGCAACAUUAGAAUUUUGUUAUAUUUAAUUGUUCUCAUCCUAGAUACUAAAUAUCCCGACGUUCUAAUGUUGCAUUUUACUAGUUUAGUAUCCUGUGUCUCGAUACUACUAUAGAAUUGUCUACUUAGGGUAGAAAUAGAGUAGCAAAGUAACGUUUUCCCGUUUAUAACGAUUCUCCAUGACAUUGAAAUCGUAACUAAAUGAUUCAUCAAAUUGACGCAGCUCCAUGAGGAGCUUCAUACACAGUCACAAACUCCAGUUACGAGUAUCAAUGCCUUCGAGGAUCUCUCGCAGUGUUUAGUAGCUAGAGCGUCAAAUAGUCGAACGUUUAGGUCACAAAUAUGUAUCGUGGAAGAUUAGUGAGUCCAAAGAGCGCAUGUUACACGCACCAAAGGAAAAAUAUUUAGACGAAGCCGUUGCCAACAAACGUGUUGAUUAAACUGAAACUAAUACAACUGUAUAAAAUUGUCAACUUGCGAAAAGAAAAGUAAUUUUAAAUCCUAAAAGUAACUCUUCAUGUUACGUUACGCACGCUAUAGUAUCGUUAUGUUACACUUAGGCAUUUUGCCCUAAAAAUCGGGAGCAAUUUUGGAAAUGUACAACUUCUAAAUUUAUUCCGGUCUGUUCUUGCUAACGCCAUGUCUUAUUAGUUGUUACAGAGUCCAUAUCACAACGCCAAGUGUGUUAGCGUUUUGGACGAUGCAUAUUAAGUUAAGUGGUUUGGGUUUCAAAACUGUCAAAGCCUUUUCUAGUUAGCACGCAAUUAUGCUAAUCCGCAUCGUCAAAUACCACCGAUUAUUAUCAUCGAUCAUCAAUACCUAAAAUUUAUAUUGCAGUUAAUGUUGGGCAGAUUUCAGCGGCCGUUUUCUGUCUAUCAUCUUUCGUUUAGUGCGUGUGUUGUUAUUGUUUGUUACGUUGUCAGAUGUUUAUCAAGUUCGCCCAACUCGUCGUUUCUCCGCGCAGUCUCGUACACUCCUCCUAUUUAUUUAUAAUCUCAAGAUGUAUGUGAUUUUUUUUAUAUUUAGCCCGUAAGUUUCACUAACAGUUUGUACCGUAAACUGAGAAA